AUGCUACAAACCAAACAAACCAACUGCAACACUGCCCACCACAAUGCUACAAACCAAACAAACCAACUGCAACACUGCCCACCACAAUGCUACAAACCCACUGCAACACUGCCCACCACGAUGCUACAAACCAACUGCAACACUGCCCACCACGAUGCUACAAACCAACUGCAACAUUUCCCACCACGAUGCUACAAACCAACUGCAACACUGCCCACCACAAUGCUACAAACCAAACAAACCAACUGCAACACUGCCCACCACAAUGCUACAAACCAAACAAACCAACUGCAACACUGCCCACCACGAUGCUACAAACCCACUGCAACACUGCCCACCACGAUGCUACAAACCAACUGCAACACUGCCCACCACGAUGCUACAAACCAACUGCAACACUGCCCACCACGAUGCUACAAACCCACUGCAACACUGCCCACCACAAUGCUACAAACCAAACAAACCAACUGCAACACUGCCCACCACGAUGCUACAAACCAACUGCAACACUGCCCACCACGAUGCUACAAACCAACUGCAACAUUUCCCACCACGAUGCUACAAACCAACUGCAACACUGCCCACCACAAUGCUACAAACCAAACAAACCAACUGCAACACUGCCCACCACAAUGCUACAAACCAAACAAACCAACUGCAACACUGCCCACCACGAUGCUACAAACCCACUGCAACACUGCCCACCACGAUGCUACAAACCAACUGCAACACUGCCCACCACGAUGCUACAAUCCCACUGCAACACUGCCCACCACGAUGCUACAAAUCAACUGCAACAUUUCCCACCACGAUGCUACAAACCAACUGCAACACUGCCCACCACAAUGCUACAAACCAAACAAACCAACUGCAACACUGCCCACCACAAUGCUACAAACCAAACAAACCAACUGCAACACUGCCCACCACAAUGCUACAAACCAACUGCAACACUGCCCACCACAAUGCUACAAACCAACUGCAACACUGCCCACCACAAUGCUACAAACCAAACAAACCAACUGCAACACUGCCCACCACAAUGCUACAAACCAAACAAACCAACUGCAACACUGCCCACCACGAUGCUACAAACCAACUGCAACACUGCCCACCACGAUGCUACAAACCAACUGCAACAUUUCCCACCACGAUGCUACAAACCAACUGCAACACUGCCCACCACAAUGCUACAAACCAAACAAACCAACUGCAACACUGCCCACCACAAUGCUACAAACCAACUGCAACAUUUCCCACCACGAUGCUACAAACCAACUGCAACACUGCCCACCACAAUGCUACAAACCAAACAAACCAACUGCAACACUGCCCACCACAAUGCUACAAACCAAACAAACCAACUGCAACACUGCCCACCACGAUGCUACAAACCCACUGCAACACUGCCCACCACGAUGCUACAAACUAACUGCAACACUGCCCACCACGAUGCUACAAACCAACUGCAACACUGCCCACCACGAUGCUACAAACCCACUGCAACACUGCCCACCACAAUGCUACAAACCAAACAAACCAACUGCAACACUGCCCACCACGAUGCUACAAACCAACUGCAACACUGCCCACCACGAUGCUACAAACCAACUGCAACAUUUCCCACCACGAUGCUACAAACCAACUGCAACACUGCCCACCACAAUGCUACAAACCAAACAAACCAACUGCAACACUGCCCACCACAAUGCUACAAACCAAACAAACCAACUGCAACACUGCCCACCACGAUGCUACAAACCCACUGCAACACUGCCCACCACGAUGCUACAAACCAACUGCAACACUGCCCACCACGAUGCUACAAACCAACUCAACAUUUCCCACCACGAUGCUACAAACCAACUGCAACACUGCCCACCACAAUGCUACAAACCAAACAAACCAACUGCAACACUGCCCACCACAAUGCUACAAACCAAACAAACCAACUGCAACACUGCCCACCACGAUGCUACAAACCCACUGCAACACUGCCCACCACGAUGCUACAAACCAACUGCAACACUGCCCACCACGAUGCUACAAACCAACUGCAACACUGCCCACCACGAUGCUACAAACCAACUGCAACACUGCCCACCACGAUGCUACAAACCCACUGCAACACUGCCCACCACAAUGCUACAAACCAAACAAACCAACUGCAACACUGCCCACCACGAUGCUACAAACCCACUGCAACACUGCCCACCACGAUGCUACAAACCAACUGCAACACUGCCCACCACGAUGCUACAAACCAACUGCAACACUGCCCACCACGAUGCUACAAACCAACUGCAACACUGCCCACCACGAUGCUACAAACCAACUGCAACACUGCCCACCACGAUGCUACAAACCAACUGCAACACUGCCCACCACAAUGCUACAAACCAAACAAACCAACUGCAACACUGCCCACCACAAUGCUACAAACCAAACAAACCAACUGCAACACUGCCCACCACGAUGCUACAAACCCACUGCAACACUGCCCACCACGAUGCUACAAACCAACUGCAACACUGCCCACCACGAUGCUACAAACCAACUGCAACACUGCCCACCACGAUGCUACAAACCCACUGCAACACUGCCCACCACAAUGCUACAAACCAAACAAACCAACUGCAACACUGCCCACCACGAUGCUACCAACAAACCAACUGCAACACUGCCCACCACGAUGCUACAAACCCACUGCAACACUGCCCACCACAAUGCUACAAACCAAACAAACCAACUGCAACACUGCCCACCACGAUGCUACAAACCCACUGCAACACUGCCCACCACGAUGCUACAAACCAACUGCAACACUGCCCACCACGAUGCUACAAACCAACUGCAACACUGCCCACCACGAUGCUACAAACCAACUGCAACACUGCCCACCACGAUGCUACAAACCAACUGCAACACUGCCCACCACGAUGCUACAAACCAACUGCAACACUGCCCACCACAAUGCUACAAACCAAACAAACCAACUGCAACACUGCCCACCACAAUGCUACAAACCAAACAAACCAACUGCAACACUGCCCACCACGAUGCUACAAACCCACUGCAACACUGCCCACCACGAUGCUACAAACCCACUGCAACACUGCCCACCACGAUGCUACAAACCAACUGCAACACUGCCCACCACGAUGCUACCAACAAACCAACUGCAACACUGCCCACCACGAUGCUACAAACCAACUGCAACACCCCACCACGAUGCUACAAACCAACUGCAACACUGCCCACCACGAUGCUACAAACCCACUGCAACACUGCCCACCACAAUGCUACAAACCAAACAAACCAACUGCAACACUGCCCACCACGAUGCUACAAACCCACUGCAACACUGCCCACCACGAUGCUACAAACCCACUGCAACACUGCCCACCACGAUGCUACAAACCCACUGCAACACUGCCCACCACGAUGCUACAAACCCACUGCAACACUGCCCACCACGAUGCUACAAACCCACUGCAACACUGCCCACCACGAUGCUACAAACCAACUGCAACACUGCCCACCACAAUGCUACAAACCAAACAAACCACUGCAACACUGCCCACCACAAUGCUACAAACCAAACAAACCAACUGCAACACUGCCCACCACAAUGCUACAAACCCAACCACUGCAACACUGCCCACCACAAUGCUACAAACCAAACAAACCAACUGCAACACUGCCCACCACGAUGCUACAAACCAACUGCAACACUGCCCACCACAAUGCUACAAACCAACACCACUGCAACACUGCCCACCACGAUGCUACAAACCCUCUGCAACACUGCCCACCACGAUGCUACAAACCCACUGCAACACUGCCCACCACGAUACUACAAACUCACCGCAACACUGCCCACCACGAUGCUACACAGGGCAGCUUCUCUGCAACAUCGCGUUUUAUGCACGACGGCAGCAUCAUCCCGAUUAG